UCUCCCCUCCAUUUUUCUGAUGUAAACAUGCAUUUUUAUCACAGAAAAUAUAAAAACUGUAAAAAUCUAAUGAUGUUCCUCCUCUUCCUUAAAUCUGUUCUGCCUCAGUUGGUGAAGAUUGGCUUCAUGCCCUUGGGGUUCUGGAGACAUCACUAGACACUGUAGCCCUGAGGGCCUUACUGCCUUACAGCCAUUACCAAACAGAAUCCUCAGGGUCUCGUUACGGUGUCCAGCCUGGCCUUGAGCUCAUUAUGGAACCCAGGCUGGCAUCAAACUUGAAGCAGUCCUCCUACCUCAGCCUCCCAGGAUGCUGGAAUUACAGGUGCGCGAGCGAGACCUGCCCUUCGUCACCCACACCUUGUCGUCAGAGUUCACCAUCCUGCGGGUUGUCAAGGGCGAGACGGUGGCAGCCAAGAACCUGGGCAUCACCAAUGGCUUUGUAAAGCCCAAGAUGGUCCAGAGGCCGGUCACCCAUCCGCUGUCCAGCCCCAGCAACAGGUUCUGUGUCACCAGCCUGGACCCUGACACGCUGCCCGCUGUCGCCACGCUGCUCACGGAUGUCAUGUUCUACUCCAAUGGAGUGGAGGACCCCAUGGCAGCUGGCGAGGACUGCGGCCACAUCCACUUCUUCUCCUUCUCCCUCAUCGAGGGCUACAUCUCCCUGGUGAUGGGCGUGCAGACCCAGCAGAGGUUCCCCAGUAACCUGCUCUUCACCAGUGGAUCCGGAGAGCUGUGGAAGAUGGUGUGGAUCGGAGGGCAGCCCCUGGGAUUCGACGAGUGUGGCAUUGUGGCCCAGAUCUCUGAGCCCCUGCCUGCGGCCGACAUCCCCCCCUACUACAUCAGCACAUUCAAGUUUGACCACGCGCUGGUUCCAGAGGAGAACAUCGGUGGGUUGAUCAGCGCCCUGAAGGUCAGCCAGGCUGAGAAGCACUGAUGGCCUCACUCCCAGCUGCCCUGCGUGUUCUUGCAGUAUUUCUCCAGACUGGAAGAGCGGCCUAGGGACACUGCCUUGAGGGCCAAGGCCUCCCAGGAGCCCCAUCCCUUGGAAAGGGACCUGCCUCCCCGACCUGCCCUGGAAAAUGGCAUCUGAGGCCCCGGGGCCUGGGGAGCAGCCCCACCUCCUCCUGGGGCUGUUUUUGGGGGGCUGGCAGAGCCAGGCUAGGCAUGUGGAGCCCUUGGUGGCCUCCGUGAGGUAGGGGGCUGAACAGGGUGGUUGCUGCUCCCCAUUCUCGGGGCUCAAGGCUGGUUCCCCUGGAGUGGAGGCUGGCGGGCCACCCUGCCCCCGCCUGCCAGCCACAGGGCCUGCACCCCAUCUCAGCACGACUGCCAAGAGGGCCCUGUCCGUACCUCCCACCCUAAGCGCUCACCCCGGGGGCCCCACCAGCUCGGAGCACCAGCUUCUCUGUCCUCUGCUUUCCUGGCCCCUCCUCGGGCGGGCAGAGCCUUGGUUUUCCCCCAGCAGAGGCUUCCCCACCAAUCUUCACCUGGGGUUUCUUAGGUCACCCCAGCCUCCCUGACAGUCAACUAGACCAGCACAGGGCUCCCCACUGGCCUCCCCCUCUGCACCCCACAUUUGGGGAAUACAGGUGGCCACCACCCGCCUGCCUGCCUGCCCUGACCCCUGGGGCUGGGCGUUCCCCAGUACUUGACCCGGAAGGCAGUUUAACUGAGCCUUAAUAGAGAAAAUCAUAUUUUGUUUUAGAUUUUUAUUUAACGUAUUUGCAGUUGUGCCUGGGCUGCUGCUGUUGGCUGUCUUUUUUUUCUAGAGGUGGGUUCUGACCGAGUUCUCCCCAGGGACACAGGGCUCAGCGCCACUGGGGUCCCUGUGGGUCCAGGGACAGGCAUGGGCACCAGAGCUGGCACAGGGUCCCGAGGCUGUGUGCUGUCCCAGGCGGGGCUGAGGACAGGGGACCCCUAGUCUCCUGGGAGAGCCCUUGUGUGAGCGGCUCCUGCUGCUCCAGCCAGGCGGACGGGCCUGGAGGCCCCCUCACUGGGAACUGCGAGCCAUCCUUGCAGGGCCCAGUAAACUAAGUAGAAACCCACCUUCCUGCUUGGUUUUUAAGUUAAUUCAUUUUGCACAAAAUCCCCAAAGCAACCAAAUCUCAAUUGUUUGCUGGUCCCAAAAAGGAGGUGGCCGAGUGGGCAGGGCUGUGGUUGCAGCCCCGAAUCCCCUUGCUGUCCGGAGAAGGCCUUUUUUUCCGGGGCGGCCCUCUCCGCACGCCUUUCCAUCUGCUUCCUUCCUACCGGGCCAGUGCGUCAGCUCGGUGUCCUCAGUCAUGUAGCCCCUAGACUUCUAGGACUGUCUGUUGUACACACCUAUAAAUAUCUGUUUUAUGUUGAUACAUAUAAAAAAAAAAUACAAAUCUCA